CGUACAAUUAGCGCAUCUGCUUUGCUCAGACGUCUAAAAACCCCAAACUGAACACAGCCAAACUUCAGCCACAUUGUUCACCGACUUUGCUUAACUGUGUGUCACUGUUUGUAUAUUUUGGUAGGCUAACUGGCUUUUGACUGUUAGUUAAGUGUUGCAGUUAGCUUCAGGCUAAACUCGGUGAGAGGAGAAGAUCUGAGGUGUUAGAUCUGGAGCCCUGCUCUGAGGAUGGACAGUGAAAUCCAAAGAGACGGGAGAGUCCUGGACCUCACCGAUGACGCCUGGAGGGAAGACAGGCUGCCGUAUGAAGAUGUCACCAUCCCUUUGAGUGAAUUGCCUGAAGCUGAGCAGGACAACGGAGGCUCCACAGAGUCUGUGAAAGAACAAGAGAUGAAGUGGACAGACCUUGCCCUGCAGAGCCUGCAUGAAAACACACCGAGCACUGGAAGCUGAAAGGCUAAUCUGGGUUCAGACUGUAGGACAGAAACACACACAUAUGGACACUGGAUUCAGACACAUGCAGUUCAACAUCUUGUUGCAUUUUGUUGUAUUUAAGAAAUUUCCAGCUAAGCAGACAUAGUGCAAACAUUUAUUAUGCAUUGGUAUUGGGUUUAUAUUGUAGUCUUUGUAAACAUUAACAUAAAAUAACAAUUUUGUGAUAACAUAAAUGAAAAAAGAGUUGCAUUCAGUUGUUCUGCCUCUUUUGCAUGUAAUGCUUUGUUUUUUUUUUCAAAUUUGUGUCAAAUCCAGAGAGUGAGGACAGUGAACACUCACACAGAUAUGGUGUGUGCUCUUUGUAAAGUAGUCUUUGCUAGUAAAAAAUGUGUCUGUCAAUGCUCCAUCACUCUUACCAAAAUGCAUAGAAACACUGGCCUCAUAUUAUGAAGUUGUCAUCAUGUUGGCAGUUUGAUGAAUACAGUCCUGGAUGACAAACA